AUGGUUCUCAAGUUAUAUGGUCCAUAUUAUUCAACCUGUGUUCAACGUGUAGUCGUCGCUACUCUCAAAGAAAAGAAUGUUGAUUUUGAGUUGAUCCCUCUCGAUUUGUUCAAAGGCGAACAUAAACAAACUGCGUUCCUUGAAAAGCAACCUUUUGGAGUUGUACCAGUUCUUGAAGAUGAUGACGGCUUUUUGGUUUAUGAAUCUCGUGCCAUUUGCAGAUAUUUGGAGGCCAAAUUUAAGGGCCACGACACUGAAUUGAUUCCAUGUGGCACCUGCACCGAAGGUUUAAAAAAGCAAGCUCUCUUCGAACAAGGUGCUAGCAUUGAGACCUCCUAUUUUGAUCCCCAAGCAAGUGGAUUGACUUUUGAAUUGGUCUUUUAA